UGGCACCUGCACCUGUCCGACCUGUUUGGGGGACACAUGACUCCGGAGGAAUUUCCCCCACUGCUCCCGUUCUUUGUUCAACGCAGUCCUGUUAGUGGGAGACAGAGGGUGAGAGCCAGAGGAGAGGGGGAGAUAGAUAGAAGAGAGAGGGAGAGAUAGAUAGAAGAGAGAGGGAGAAAGAUAGAUAGAAGAGAGAGGGAGAUAGAGAGAUGUCGGAACCAGCCACUAAUCCCGCUGCCACCUCGUUCCCAGCGCCGACUAUUUCCCUACCUUUGGGACUGGAAGUAUUGAGAACUUACUCUGGAGCCCUUGUCUGUGUAGAAAUAGUAUUUGGUGGUCUAGUAUGGAUCCUGGUGGCCGCCUCCAAUGUGCCCGUGCCUCUGCUGCAGGGCUGGGUGAUGUUUGUCUCCCUCUUCUUCUUCGUCCUCUCCACCGCCUACCUCACGCUCCUCGUCACCGGCCUGGCUGACCGCAUCAACACUGACUGGAAUUCCUUGGAUGUGAUUUACCAUUUUAUAGCAGUACUUUUCUACUUCGCUGCCUUUGUGUUGGAGGCAGCAACUACAGCAGCUAAUGGAGGAGCCCACGUCAAACCCCUGCCCAACAGCACUGACACUGUCAUGUGUAUCACCUACCCUCGGGGCAAUAUAUUCACAGUCCUGAAUGACAAGCAAUACAGUAUUAAUGUGGCAGCCACGAUAUUUGCAUUUUUGGUGACACUAUGCUACGGCUGCAGUAUGGCGAUGGGCUUCAAGAGGUGGAGGAUGUAACCGGGAAAAAGCUGCAAAAACUAGUUUUAUAACUGCUUCAUAACUUCAGUAUGUAUCAAAACAUCAGCCACACCAUCCAGAGCUCCAUAGAGAGCACUGCUAUUCAGUUUAGUUCAGUGCAAACUCUGCUAUUUCCUGAUUGGAAAUUCACAUCAUCAAAGGAAACAUAUAGAUGACAAAAAAUAUGCCUCAGUCAAAACAUCUGUUAAGAUUUCUGGAAAAUAACAUUCCUAUGAGAAUUAUUUUUUGAGAUACUGAAAUGAUUGUGUUCAGCUGUCUGAGAUGUUACAGGUAUUUUAAGGACAGUUUUAAGAACAGCACUAACAUAACAUAAUGUAUAUUUUACAAGGCUAUACAGGGUGAUUUUGUAAGAUGUAAGAGAUGUCUAUGACAGUUAUGGUUUUGUUGUUAAUCAUACAGAUAUUGCCCAAUUACCUUUGUAACAUCCUCAUUUGAGGGAUUAUUUCCCAAUUCCAGUACCACGAAAUCAUGUCUAUUUAUGCUGCUAUAGAAUAUGCAGCAAAACAUUAAUGUGAUGGUGCAAUUUCUUUGAAAGACCUUACUAUUGGCCAAUUUCCUGAACUACAUCCUUAUUGGAAGGGAUAACAGAACAUGAAUGUAAUGUUGCAAUUUAUUUGAAAGCUCCUAAAAGAAAACAUGAUUGUUUUUACUGUCCAUGGUGCUAAGAAGCUGUAAACUCACUCUAGAUUUAACACAAUGUUAUUACAUUUGUA